AGAAUAUCCGGUAUAGCUUGACGGAUUUCAGGCCACGGAUUUCUUGUAUGUCAGGAAGUGAUAUCUAGCGAUUUAAGGAAAUAUACCAACAUCUUAAUUAUAAAACUGUACGACAUUCCAUGAUCAUGCUUGGUUUGAGUUUGACAGAAGUCGUCGUCGCCAUCGUGGUCAGUUACGGACUAUGGUUUGUUGUGCCAGUACUGUGGAGGUACUACAAGUUCUGUCAGCUGGUCAAACCAUUUAAGUCAAAAAGAGAAUCACAUUGGCUGCUUGGGCACCUUUCACACCUGAGCUUUACCGAAUCCCUUGUUACAACAGUGGCAAAGUUAAUGAAAAAUAACCCCAAAAAGAUGAUGGUUGAAUGGAUUAGUGUUAUACCGCAAUUGCAGGCCAUACAUCCUGAUACCGCUGCAGUCAUUCUCAAGACAAAUGAGCCAAAACCGAAAGGCCCAGGCGAACCGUACAGCCUCUUUACUCCAUUUCUCGGUGAUGGCUUAGUGACCAGUAAUGGAUCAAAAUGGGAACGGAACCGGAAGCUGAUCACGCCAGCUUUUCAUUUUGAUGUUUUGCGCCCCUAUAUAAACAUAUUCAAUGAAGCAGCGGACAUUUUGUUGGACAAAUUCGCUACGCAAAUGUCGGAGAGUGCUAACAGUGUUGACGUUAUGGAUUCCUUAAACCUGGCUACCUUGGAUAUUAUAUUGCGUUGCUCUCUGUCUUAUGAUGGAGAUAUCCAGAAACGCGAUAAUCAUCCUUAUGUUGAAGCCGUUCACGAGAUUUCCAGACUUACUAUGGAACGUAUCAG